GUGUACCACAUGGCCGGAAUUCCAUUCAUGUUACCGAAAUCCGACCCCUUCCCUCAACCUUCUCCUUGGCCCGGUCUCCUCGUCCGCGCCGAGAACAGGUGUAGAAAUGGCGCCGCAGUUGCAUGACUCAUCUCGCCCUUCCUCUUUCAUUCUGCGGCUCCCGCCUUCAGUUCGACGCCGCAUUUACCUGUACCUUGGCUUGGCGCGUUGGGAUGGUCUACCCAUUCUGUUCGACCUGGACGGUCCCCUCCCGCGGUGGAGGUGGGUUCCUAUUCGAGGCUUAUUGCUGUCUUGCCGCCUCAUCUACGGCGAGGCAUCCGCUCUGCUGUAUUCCUCCAACCGAUUCGUCAUCCACUACAGACACGCGCGCGAAGAUGGAAACGACGGUGCCGAACCGUCGCUUCAACCGCUGCGAAACCUCACCGCUUCGUCGCUUGCGUCAUUGGCCAAUCUCAAGAUUGUGCUCAGCCAAACCUCUUGCCAUUACCGGAGCGAAGAAGAAGCGGGCGGAAAAUGCUGCGACGAUAUAAGGGACAACAUGGGCUCGCACGGCGCGCGUUACUGCCAGCAACAUCACACAAACGACCACGAUAGGCCACUUCGAAGCUCCCACUCUACGGCCGGGCCGAUGUUAGACGAAUGGCUCCAAACAGCCAAUUACCUCUCUUCGAGAAUCAGCCCUGGUAACCUUCGGCUAUCCUUGGUAUGCGACAUUGACCAUGAAGAGGCCGGUAUGGAUACGGCGACCAGAGUCAUUGCGCCACUUUCUUUGCUUCCAAAGUUAAGGGACUGUGAUCUUCGGCUGUGCAAAAGUCCAAGCCCUGAACUCACCCGAAUCGCACGAAACGCGGCGCUGCAAGCCUGCCGUCGGCCAGAACCCCCCCCAAGUUCGUCGAGCCUUCGCCUCCUCAACCUUCCCCGGGAGCUGCGUCUUCGCAUUCUCGAAUAUACCGACCUUGUCACCCCUUGGAGGGAAGUUAUGUGGACUAGGCUAGAACCCGGGUAUCGAUACCCCGCCGAAGGAUGUUACCCGCGGGACGAUUGCCCAUGUCCCUCUAAGUAUCCCUGGCAUCACGGAUGCCAAUUCCGGGGAUGCUAUCACCAGACACGUAUAUUUAUGGACUAUGAAAUAUACCAUGGUUCCAUCGGCUGUUUCUGCCGCCUCCGACACGCCGCCUUCUCAUCCGCAUCCGCAUGCAUUUGCUGGGCUCCGCCCACGCCCUUGUUCAUCAUCUGUCGUGCUCUCUCCGAAGACGCGAAAUUCGUCUUCUUUUCCCUCAAUCGGUUCGUCGUCAGCGAUACUCUCGCACACUUUCACCCCUGCAAGGCUUUCAAUCUUUUUGCCACUAUCCCGUGGCCCGAAGACUACUUUCGUUUCAUCCGCACGGCUCAGUAUCUCGAGGCACAACCUCCGCGUGCCUACCCGGCCGAACGUUUUGCAGCGAGUCACUUUUUGAGGGAGGUGGUCCCCGCCGACUGCUUAGGCUACCUCCGCUUCCUCGAAUUGAUCUUCCCCCCCUACAAUUAUAUGUGUUGGCCCGACGACGGCCAUCCCGCUAUGCAGGACUGGAUUGAGACCAUCGACUGGGCCAAUAACAAGAUUAGAAGUCGCGGCCUCACCCUGCGGUUGACCAUGUCUGGAUUGCUAAGAAUGGGUCCGGACCACCCCGACGGUCGUCAAGAAGUCUCCGAGGCGCAGGGGAUCGAAGUGCUCGCCGGAUACGACCGUAUCCUGAAACCCUUGGCUCGUCUCGGGGGCGACGACGGGUUCGCCCAGUUUUAUGCGGACUUUGCGUGGCCUUGGAAAUGGACCAAAUGGGCGCGUGAGAAGUAUCGAGCCAUGGGUCCUUGGAGAGAACCCGACGGCGGUGAAGCCUGGCUAAAGUCGAAGGAAGACGCGCUGAACGAACGUGCCGAGCGUUUCAUUCUGGGAGACCGCUAUGAGCGGCUUUCUGCUACCAAGACAAAGAAAGAGGAGAGGGCUUGGACGAGAGAGCACCGUAUAUAUGCCUAGUGGGUGGCUUAGACCAUCAUGACCAAGGCUCUCCACAACGCAAAUCUCGUCAACUCAAUCAAUCCAAUUCAACUCAAAUACAACUCAAAUCCACGUUUUCGUCAAUCAAAUAAGCAGUUGGAUUUGAGUUGUUAGAUUUGAUAGAUUUGCCAAGCCAGAUAUCGUAAAUGAGCGCUACAAAAUGCCCCCAACCGCCACAACAGCCACAUCCAACCUUACCC